AUGGACAAUAUUCCUUCCAGUAAACCGACACUCUUGUCUGCAAAUGCAACUAACUCAACAUGCAUCAAUGUAAAAUGGACGCACAUUCCCAACACCAUGGUUAUUAAAUACCUUCAAGGCUAUGAGAUACACUACUAUAACUCAAAUGAUAGUAAUAAAGAUUAUAGAAAUGUUACUACUGGAGUGGUGACUGAGCAUGAAAUCUGCAAUCUAAAUUAUUUCACUGACUACACAUUUCAAUUGGGAGCUAAAAAUGGAACAUAUUAUUGCACGGAUUACGAUGAGAUAUCUGGAAAGUCUGGGGAAUAUAUACCCCGAAAAUACACAAAAAAUGUAACUGCCACUGAUACUGGUACAUAUUCCGUCAGAGUAAGUUGGAAAGAGAUUACGGAAGUCGAUAACUGGCGUGGUUACCCAUUCAAAUACUAUGUUUAUUACAAAUUAAUUGGGGAAAACAAUUAUACCGAGAUGUCCGUCAACAGCAGUAUCUUUAAAGUUGAUAUUGAUAAUUUAAAAAGCUACACUGAUUAUGAGAUUUCUGUGGCCGCAGCAACUGUUGUCGGUAUCGGUCCACAUAGUGAUUCAAUUGUUGUGAAAACUGGAGAAGAUGUACCCCGAAAAUACACAAAAAAUGUAACUGCCACUGAUACUGGUACAUAUUCCGUCAGAGUAAGUUGGAAAAAGAUUACGGAAGUCGAUAACUGGCGUGGUUACCCAUUCAAAUACUAUAUUUAUUACAAAUUAAUUGGGGAAAACAAUUAUACUGAGAUGUCCGUCAACAGCAGUAUCUUUAAAGUUGAUAUUGAUAAUUUAAAAAGCUACACUGAUUAUGAGAUUGCUGUGGGCGCAGCAACUGUUGUCGGUAUCGGUCCACAUAGUGAUCCAAUUGUUGUGAAAACUGGAGAAGAUGUACCCAUCGGUCCACCACAAGCUCUUAGUGGCGACUUUAACGAUUCGCGCAGUAUCAAAGUUAACUGGUCCGAAGUUGCUAGUGAAGAACGCAAAGGUGUUAUUACGCAAUAUCUGGUAAUUUGUAUGUCAAUGGAAUCCGUUGAAAUGGAAAGACAAAAUAUUUCUGCUAACUCGGAAUUGACUGCUAUAUUUGGUGGACUGGACACAUACACUCUUUAUAAUGUCACAGUUGCAGCUUAUACAAAGAUAGGACUGGGUCCAGCCAGUUCUCCUGUAACUGUUCGGACAGGAGCAGGCAUACCAUUGCUUCCACCAGCUAAUCUUAGUGGAUACAACACUAGUUCAACUUCUAUAUAUCUAUCUUGGGAGGAUAUUUCAGAAGAGGCAUGGGCCGGAGUCAUUGGGGAUUUUAAAUUGGUCAUUCAAUCAUUAAAAGAACCGCAAGAAAAAACUACCAAGGAUAUUAUGCGAGCUAAGUAAGUGUAAUUGGAAUUCCAUGCAAUUGCCCAUAUUUUAUAAUACUGCAUUAUACUUUUGAGAUACCUAAUUUUAAUAUGCGUUUUAUUUGAUUUACGACUAGUAAAGCUGUUAAAUGAUAUGGUAAUUUCACGCGUAGCUUAUUUGUGCAUCCUUGACACUACUGAAUUAAUCUUGGAGGGUACUGAACUAAGUUGCGCGCAACGUUUUCGACCACACAAGAUACGGCUUUUUGUAUUAGCUCAUAAAAAUAUCCACGUGAAUUCACCAAUUGUAAAUUUCCUGCAUCGAUAUUUGAAGACAAAUCGAAAAUAAAGCACAACGUUUUUAUCUGACAGUCAUAAUAUAUCUUACAUAAUAUGUCUUGAUAUAAUAACACAGAGAAAUGAAAAAUUUACUUUCUCGCCAGUCAGCAUAACAAAGUAAAUUAGCCCGAAGGAAUCUAAAAUAUGGCUUUGCG